GUAGAAAAGGAGGCCACAAAGGCCGAGCAAGACAGUACACCAGUCCUGAAGAGAUCGAUGCCCAGCUCCAGGCAGAAAAGCAAAAGGCAAGGGAAGAAGAGGAGCAAGAAGAAGGAGGUGAAGGAGCAACAGGGGACCCCAAAAAGGAGAAGAAGUCUUUAGAUUCAGAUGAGAGCGAUGAAGAUGAUGAGGAUUAUCAGCAAAAGCGCAAAGGAGUGGAAGGGUUGAUAGACAUAGAGAAUCCCAACCGUGUCAUUCAGACCACCAAAAAAGUCACUCAGCUGGACCUGGAUGGACCUAAGGAACUCUCGCGGCGGGAGCGAGAGGAAAUAGAGAAACAAAAGGCAAAAGAAAGAUACAUGAAAAUGCACCUAGCUGGUAAAACAGAGCAGGCGAAGGCAGAUCUCGCCCGACUAGCCAUCAUUCGGAAGCAAAGGGAAGAAGCUGCCAGAAAGAAAGAAGAAGAAAGGAAAGCGAAAGACGAAGCGGCUAUGGCAGGUAAAAGACUGCAGUCACUAUCCCUUAACAAGUAAGCACAGGACAUGCAAGAGGAGGAAACGCCAGGGAACUGUGCCUGGUGCCUGCCAGGACCUCCGUCGUGUCGCCUACCAUCGCUGCCACGUAGGGUGCACCGCGGCACCGACGUCACCUUCACCUCCAAGAGACACUGACGAUGUGUUUGUCCUCAUCCUGGCACAGAUUUCCAUUUGGGGUUAGGGGCAGCUGCUCUCUUCGGGCAGAACCGUGCUGAACAGCAAUUCUCUGUAACAGUUUGGAAACCUGAAUGUUUUUGCUGGGUUUAGGAUUAAAAACUGAU